UUUAACAACUUGCAUGAACUUGGUUACAGAUUCCAAUCGCAAACGCCGAAAUAUUAGAGUAAUAUCGUGGGGUUUAGAGUGAGUAGAUCUACAUGUCGUCUCUGUCAUUCUUUUGGGAUAUAGCUCUGUGUUUUUUAAGUAAAGUCACAUAUAAAGGAUAUCCAAUAUGUCUGCACAAGAGGCCAGUUCUGUACUAAGCAUGGGAACUACUAGGAAGUAUGACAUCCCAUUGGCUCAUCUUGAUUACAAGUACAUCGAGGAGUGUAAUGAUGUCAAAUAUCUGGAGAAGAUCCUCAAAAUUUUAAGAUCAGGAGAAGAAGGCAAAUAUCCAGCGAUGGAAAAGCAGUGUGAAGAAAAAAUAGAAAAACUAAAUCCUGUCAGUCGGAUUCUGAGAAAAGAAGUACCAAUCAAAAAGAUAAAUGACAUUGACCGAGAAGAAGGCCACACUUUACAGAAAGAUAUACAGAGCUGGACAACUGAUAUGAAAACGGCUGAGGAUUCCAUGAACGGCAGCACAGAAUUUGAUGACAACAGUUUACCACCAAUCAGAUCAGGUGUAAUAUCCCUCAGUGGAGAACCAGUCCGAUCUGAUGGUAAAGAUAAAGCAAAGAAAAAAGCAACCAUGCCUCGCAGUUACAAAGAGUGGGAAAAGGUUGACAUUGAAAAAGAACUAGAGGCUGCAGACAAUGAGAAACCAAAAGAAAAGUCCAAAUCAGCCACCCAACCAGUUAUAGAGAAUGUGAUCGACUCCACAGGGAUGUCUGAGAGGGAAAAGGAGAUGAAGGCAAACCGAGAAAAAGAUAAAGGCAAUGAAGCGUUCCGAUCAGGGGACUACCAGGAAGCCAUCUCCUACUACUCCAGGAGCAUAUCUCUCCAACCUAGUCCUCCCUCAUACAACAACAGGGCCCUGGCAUAUCUGAAAACUAAGGAGUGGCUCAAGGCAGAAUCAGAUUGUAACAAAGUGCUGUCAUGGGAACCCAAAAACAUCAAAGCUUUGCUGAGGAGGGGAUCAGCGAGAAUGGGGAAGAAAUCUUUCAGUGACGCCCUGACAGACUUUGAAUAUGUGUUGGAGCUAGAACCGAACAACAAAAGAGCUCAGGAACUUAUUCGGGAUCUGAAGAAGGAGGAAGCAAAGUAUGAGGCUGAGAAGAAGGAGAGGAAGGAGAAGGGGAGGAGGAUGGUGAUUGAGGAGGUCGAGGAUGAGGAGUCAGCUGAUGAGGAGAUCGUUGUUGAGGAGGAGAAAAGUUUUGAAGAAAAGAAGAAGUCUGUCAGUGCUUUAUCCGAAGAAGUAAAUAAAAACAAAACAAAAGUCACGGAAAUUAUUGAGGCAGAGGACAAGCCAAUGGUAAAUGGUUUUCAUAAGCCCUCAAAACAAAAAAGUGAUAGCAAAGACAUUUGGGAAGAGGAGGACGCUCCUCAAAAAGAUCCACAGGGAUUUACCACGCUAAGGACAAAGCCAGAUGAGAAGGAAAAUCUCACCGAAAGUGAAAGUACACAAGAACUACCUUCACAAAGUCCAGUUUCUCAAAGUGAAACCAGCAGACCUACUCCUCAAGAGAUUGAAAAUUUUGAAAAUGAGAAUAUUGCCAAUGCUUCUGCAGAGAACACUAGGGUGGAGGUUGGAGCAGGUGACAAAUCAGGUUCUGGUGAGCCGGUGAAUGUAGUGAUGGAGAAGCCACCAGAGGAAGUGGCGAUGGUGAGACCGGUUUAUAUAAAACAUCCUUUACCUGGCCCAAUUGCCAAACUGAGAGAGGACGGGAACCAGUUAUUUAGAGAAGGCCAGUAUGGAGAUGCCAUACAGAAAUACACCGAGGCCCUGAACAAACUCAACAAAGAGAAAUCAGACCAAGUUGUGAACAAAUCGUUGAUCCACAGUAACAGGGCCGCCUGUCAUCUGAAGACUGGAGACUGUGCCACUGCUGUUAAAGACUGCACCACCUCUUUAGAACUGGUGCCACAUUCCAUCAAACCACUCCUACGCCGUGGCAAUGCCUUUGAGAUGAUAGAAAAUUAUAGAAAAGCCUACAUAGACUACAAGCAUGUACUGUACAUUGACAACACAGUAGACAUGGCUCAUCAAGGUUCAUCAAGAUGCCAAAGUCACCUACAGGAAGUGGAUGGUCGUCAGUGGAGGGAAAAGCUACCCAAAAUCAACUCUGUUUUACCCUGGGAGGUUCCAGAAAUCCGGACUCCAGAGGAAGCCUCCCGUGGUACCACAUUGUCAUCUGUGUCCUCAUCUCAAAAAUCAUCACCGUCUCCAUCAGCUCUUUCAUCACAGACCUCAUCAGCAUCAUCAUCAUCUACUUCAUCGUCUAAGACACCCACUGAAUUACCCAAAGUGAAAGAGGAGUCAUUUGAAGACGUGAAGAGCAGAGGGAAUGAGCACGUCAAAAAGUCAGAGUUUAGGCUAGCUAUUGAAUGUUACUCUCGCUGCGUAGAACUAGACUCCAAGCAGGCCGUUAGUUACACCAAUCGAGCGCUGUGUUACAUACGAAUUAAUGAACCCGAGAAGGCGGAGGAAGACUGCACCAAAGCAUUGACAAUGGAGAAGGACAAUGUUAAAGCACUGUUCAGGAGGGCGCAGGCCAAAAAGAUGCUGAAGCGGUACAAAGAUAGUUUGACUGAUUUGAUGCAUUUACUUCGAGUUGAUCCCAAAAAUGCAGCUGCCAAACGAGAAGUUGAUUUGGUGAAGGAUUAUUGGCGGGAGGAAUUAAAGUCUCGUCCACCUCAAAGUUCCAGCAGCAAUGCAAAUGGAGAUGCAGCAAAAUCAGCCAAUAAAGAUAAAGCGUCAAAGAUCAAAGCUCAGACAUCAUCCCAUCAACCAUCUGCUCAGGCCAGUUCAAAAAGUAAUGUUCCAGGACCUAAACAACAGGAAGUGAGCAAGAGUGAGGAAAAGUCGGACUCAAAGAAAGGGAAACAGAAAACCAGGAAAAGAAUGGUCAUAGAGGAAGUGGAGUCGGAGGAAAACCAGCAAGCUGGUAAAGAAGACACAACAAACAAAACACAAAAGCCAUCAAAUCAACAGGAGGCGAAAAAGACAACCCACAGUCAAGAUUCUGGUGCGAAAUCUAAACAAACCGGUUCAUCUGUAAAUCAGUCAGCCGGUUCUAAGUCCAAACAGGCAGAACCCUCGAGUCCUCAAGAGCCAACAUCAAAAAAGAAGGGAAAAAAGAACAAAUCUACAGUAGGCCAAACGUCAUCUACAAAAUCAUCGUCAUCAUCAUCAGUAGCCACAGAAAAUAAUUCACCGUCGCUUAGUUCAUCGUCCACUCCAGUAUCAAACAACAAAGCCAGUCAGAAAACCGGUGUAAAAGUGACCAGUGCAGGACUUCCGGUUGUGCCCCCCACAGCCCCUAAGCUAGAGAAAGCCACACCUUACGAGUUUAUUCAGGCCUGGAACUCGCUGAAGAACGUGACAGAUGUACAGCCAUAUGCUGAUUUGUUAAGACAACUCCCCCCCAAAGACCUGCCUCAAGUCAUUAGUAACAAACUUGAUGGAUCGAUGCUUAACAAGAUCACAAAAUGUGUGGCAGAGAAGUUCAUCACUCAAGGUGAUACGGAUUUAAGCUACAAUAUUCUGCACCAUUUAACAAAAGUUCCUAGAUUUUCAACGAUAUCAAUGUUUUUGUCUGCAGCAGAAAAGAAAGAUAUCCAAACUGUCAUUUCCAGUCUACAGAAAUCGUCGUCCAGUCUCUACAGUAACACGGAGCUGUCCAGCUUAAAGAAAGACUACGGAGUUUAACUCUACACCCAAACCAGGAGUGCAAUGACUGGCAAUGAUAAAAUUUAACUAAAAAAUUCUCUUCUCCGUGAUCUCCAGCAGUGAUUAAAUAGUCUUCACACAGUUCUUAUAUGAAAUGAUUAGGAUUUGUUUUGGUUUUUUUAUUUUAGAAAGUGACUUAAUUAAGUCUUUGAAGUAGUAAGCCCCACAUGUGUAGAACAUUUAUGUAUUUUUGAAUUUGGCAUAAUUAUGCAUAUAAAACGCUAACCUUGACAUGACAUAUCAAGCUUUUUUCCAGAUGACAUAUUUAUCAACAUUAUACAGAGCAGUAAAUGAUUCAUAUGAACGGGGUUUGUUUCAGCAUUACGCAAUCCCAGUGAAUCAUGAGGGGAACUGUGUGUGUUAAAUCCUAUUAAAUUGCUAAAAUUGUAGUAUUAUAUGCUGCAUGUCUAUCUGUGAUGUUGAAGAAGUUGUUACAAGUAUAUCGUGCCCCCAUUGUGUUGGUGCAAGAAUGAAUUGCCACUGUCCAUAAAUCUGUUUUUAUGAGAAUUCUGCCUUUCGUUUUUUCUCUAAUCUGUACCAUGGUUUAAGUAUCUCAACAGGUGUGACUGUGCUUAUUAAAUAAUGCAUACUGUCAUAACGUGGUAAUUACUUUCAUUAUUAAUUGAUGAAUUUCCAUAUCUAUGGUUUUGACUCCCUUCAUCAGCCUUGCCUUUUACUCUUUAAAUUUACAUUGUGUGGCAAAUUUCAGCACAACUCCCAGUUUUAAGAGCAUAAUAUAAUUUUUUUGUGCCUUUGUGUUUUCUUUAUUGGUCACCUCACACUGUCUACAGUGGAUGGUGUUCUGCCAUGGCAUUUUGAUGCAAUGAAAGAUUAACAUUUAUUGGUACAAUGAAAUAGUGUCUGUAAUUAAUUCAGUAAAGAUGUUUUUGGGGGAGGGGGGCACCUGCUAAUAUUCUGUGAUAUUUACUUUCCUGCUUCAUAUGUAUGUUCCUUGUGAAUUUGACCUUUUCAUUGAAAGUAGAAUUAUUGUAUAACUGUCCAAUAUCCCCUGCAAUGAAAACUUGCCAUGUUGCAUUUUGAAUUGAUCUGCACUUAUUAAUUGAUAAAUAUCAUGUUCUUCAGUAAUUAGGACAGUCUAGAUGGAAA